UUGAUCAACAAUAACGUUUCUGUCUGAAUUUUCCAACUGUUCUUUAUUUUUUAUCUUUGAAUAUCUUGAAGGUCCAGAUUUUCCAAUAUUCAUUACUCACAGAAAUUCAACAUCUGGUGAAAUAACAUUGCAAUAUUUUAAAUAACGUUUUAAAAGUUUGGGAUAUAAGAAAAGCAAGAUGUUCUUUUAUGAUUUACUUCGACUUUGUUGGGGUUUUGCACUACUGUCAACAGCAGCAUGUCAAUGUAAUUUUCCAUCACAGCUUAUAGGAGUGUGGAAAGGGGCUGACCGAGGCGACAUGACAUUUGUAAAUUCUACAUACAUACAAUUUUAUAAAGUGACUAUUCCUGGUGUCAGUUCUUUCCACUUUUAUUGCGAAGAGCAAAACAGUGAAGGGACUUUAUACUUCUUGAGAGCAGAACAAGUGAACAACAUUUUUGGUUUGAUAAUUAAGUUCUAUAUGUGCAUAGAAUUACACGUUGUUGAUAGUGAUGUUGCCUAUUACUACCAGUUAACAGAACGUGAUCCCUAUUUGCAAGAUAACAUGGUUGGGGAUGGUACAAACACUGCUACUUUUAGCAGCGUGUGCAGCAGGACAUUGGUCAGUCGUACUUUCAUCACAUUAGUUCGAGAUGGUUCAAUUGCUGAUGGAAGUCUAAACAUAACUUGUCCAGAAGAUUUACAGGCCCAGUUUGGUAAUGUUUCCAUUCAGCACGAAAGUGAAGCGGACGCAUCGACAUGUCCUGACACUGUAUUUGAUGUCUGUACAGAUAAAACUUUGAUCAACAUUACAUACAAUGAAACGUGUUCUACAACGUCUACAGACAAAACUUUAUCAGGUCUAGGACUAUACCGUUGUAUACACGUAUUUUAUGUAAUGUACCACUAUAUACUUACAGGUCUAGGACUAAACCGUUGUAUACACGUCUGUUAUGUAAUGUACCACUAUAUACUUACAGGUCUAGGACUAUACCGUUGUAUACACGUCUGUUAUGUAAUGUACCACUAUAUACUUACAGGUCUAGGACUAUACCGCUGUAUACACGUCUGUUAUGUAAUGUACCACUAUAUACUUACAGGUCAAGGACUAUACCGUUGUAUACACGUCUGUUAUGUAAUGUACCACAUUAUACUUACAGGUCUAGGACUAUACCGUUCUAUACACGUCUGUUAUGUAAUGUACCACUAUAUACUUACAGGUCUAGGACUAUACCGUUAUAUACACGUCUGUUAUGUAAUGUACCACUAUAUACUUACAGGUCUAGGACUAUACCGCUGUAUACACGUCUGUUAUGUAAUGUACCACUAUAUACUUACAGGUCUAGGACUAUACCGCUGUAUACACGUCUGUUAUGUAAUGUACCACUAUAUACUUACAGGUCUAGGACUAUACCGCUGUAUACACGUCUGUUAUGUAAUGUACCACUAUAUACUUACAGGUCAAGGACUAUACCGUUGUAUACACGUCUGUUAUGUAAUGUACCACAUUAUACUUACAGGUCUAGGACUAUACCGUUCUAUACACGUCUGUUAUGUAAUGUACCACUAUAUACUUACAGGUCUAGGACUAUACCGUUAUAUACACGUCUGUUAUGUAAUGUACCACUAUAUACUUACAGGUCUAGGACUAUACCGUUAUAUACACGUCUGUUAUGUAAUGUACCACUAUAUACUUACAGGUCUAGGACUAUGCCGUUGUAUACACGUCUGUUAUGUAAUGUACCACUAUAUACUUACAGGUCUAGGACUAUAUCGUUGUAUACACGUCUGUUAUGUAAUGUACCACUCUAUACUUACAGGUCUAGGACUAUACCGUUGUAUACACGCUAUAACAGACGGAUCAGAUACAUACUUGUCUAUAUGGAACGACGAUCCAUUGGCUACCAAUCCAUUUUACUGUCUAGCAUUCAGAAGAACUGGUGAUACAAUUUAUGCUACAGAAACUCCACAGUUCUGCGGUAAUACAACAACAUCUUCUGAAGCUGAAACAGGUGGCGUUAAACUUGUUGUAUGGGAUAUAAUUAGUACAUGUGAGGUUAUCAUUCCUACAACACCAGAAGUUCCUCCCAACCUGGCUUGGCUGUACAUGCUGCUAAUUCUACCAUUCAUCCUACUGCUUAUUCUAGCCAUAUUAUUGGCAAGAUAUUGCUUUCGGAAAUAUGGAUGUAUAUGCAAGAAAAUCAAACUUCCAAAACGAAGGAAGAAGCCUCCGCCAAUCGUUGACGACGGGACUGGAAAACCUGAUAUAGUUCAAAAAAUUACAUUUGUUCCAAGUGUCAUAAAACCAGCUCAACUUUACAAUUUUAGACCCAAAAAGCCCUUAAAUUUCUUUCCCUUGUUUGAUCCACAAUGGGUUCCCUCAAAAACAUUACAACCGAUUGCAAAAGUGGAACCAUUAUAUCACGAUACAUUUGAUGAUUACAUGAAAGGGAAACUGCCCCGAAGACCGUCUGGUGUUAGUUUAUACAGCUUUCAUUCUGGGCCAAUGUCCAAUAGCAAUGCUAUAUAACAUGCAAUUUUUUAAAUUUAAACAUAUAGACCUUAUCGCUAUUUAGGAAUCUGCGACACUUGAACUUUUAACGCCACACAUCAAUCACUUUUCCUUUGUGGCGUCAGACAUUUUUUAUUGUGACGUCAAAAUUUUACGGGAACCUUUAUGAUGUCCAGUAAUGGCGGACAAAUAGCGAUAAGGUGUAUUAACAAUGUAUAUGAACGUUGAAACAUGUAUUAUUAAUUAGCAUUUGGUGUAUAUGUUUUAUCUUUAUUACAUAGAAAUAAAGCUUAGUUAGAAUCA